CAAAGAAAACUAACCUGUAAAAUGUCAGUGAAAGAUGUCGUGUUUUGGUUUGUUUGGUUUUCUUUAUAAUUUUUAAUAAUUACUAUAUAAAAACUUAAGAUAUCAAUAAUUUUAAUGUACUUUAUAUAUAAGACAUAAAAAUGGUGAAAGUGAAAAAUCAUAAACGGGUCUCGGUGGAGCAGAUACAGAAAAAGAGACAAAAUCAAAAUGCCAAGAAAACUUUAAACCCUUUCGAAGUCCACAUAAAUAAAGAGAAAAUGCGAGUUUUAGGUAAAAAGGCAGCUAAUCAAAGAGGUGUGCCGGGAAUCUCCAGAGCGAAAGCUAUUCAAAAACGAAAACAUACAUUAUUGCCUGAAUUUAACUUGCAGCAUAAAUCGAAUAGAUUUUUAGACAAACGAAUCGGAGAAAAAUCGAAAAUGUCCAAUGAAGAAAAAGUAGCGGCUAGAUUUGCAGCAUUUAAAGCAAAAUCUCAUAACAGAAAGAGUAUUUUUAACUUAUCAGAGGAAAUUUUAAGUCAUAGAGAUCACACAUUAAGUGAAAUAGAAAAAUUUGAAAAUCUGCAUUCAGAUGAUGAAGAAAGUGAUAAUGAAAAUAAUACUGGAAAACUGGAUUCUGAUUUUGUAGAAGAAGCUCAUUUUGGCAAUGGAAUGUUAACAAACACUGGCAGAGAGGGCGUAAAAACACAUAAACAACUUAUAGAACAACUAAUUGAAGAAUCGAAGAAACGUAAAGCUGAACAGCAAAAGGUUAAAGAAGCUACAUUAGAAUUAACUGAAAAGUUGGACAAUGAGUGGAAGGAUCUAGUUCAAUUAGUUAGCAAAAAUACUAAAAAAGCAGAAGAGAAAGAUCAAGAAAAGUCUAAAGUUGAUGACUAUGAUAAAUUUAUGAGAGAACUAAGAUUUGAAGCUAGGGGAACAGUGUCGGAUCGAUUAAAAACGGAAGGGGAAAUUGCACAAGAAGAGAAAGAAAAACUGGAAAAGCUAGAACAAGAAAGAAUUAAUAGAAUGAAAGGCACUAUAGAAGAUAAUAAUACAAAGACAAACCAUAGAAGUGCUGAUGAUCUCGAUGAUAAUUUUCUUAUUGAAUCUGAUGUGGAAGAUAACACAUUAUCAUACAGUACAAGUGGACAAGCUAAUGUUGAAAUACAAGCUGAAAUAAAUGGGAAAAUUGUUGGAGAAGAUCCAAGUGAGAAUACAGAAAAUGAAUCGAAUUCUGAAUCAGAUGAUGAAGAAGGAAAUGAAGAAUCAGAAGACGAAUCGAGUUCAGAUGAUUCUCUAACUGAUUUAAAGGAGAAGGAUGACAGUAGUGAUAACAGUGAGUCAGAAGAAGAUAAUUCUAAAAAAAUUGAAACUAAAAACAACAAAAAGAAAAACAAAAUUGAAAUUGAAAAUACUGAAUAUAAAAAAAUUAAAGUUGAUUUAAAAGAUACUGUAACUAUCAUUGAUUCUGAUGAGAAGGCAUGUCCUAAGAAGAAUCGAAAAGAAAAGGAAAAGAAUAAAAGACCUUCAGAUUUGGUAUCCAGUGGUAAUAUAUGUAAGAAAUUAAAAUCUGAUAUUACCUCAGAACACGUUAACAAAGACAUUUUAGAAUCAGAGACAAAUGAAUUAGAGAAAGUGGGUAAUGAGCUUCCUUUUACAUUUAAGCUUCCAGAAUCUUAUGAAAAUCUUAUGGAAACAUUUAAGGAUAAGUCACAUACCCAACAAAAAAUUAUAUUGGAAAGAAUGAUUAAGUGCAACCACCCCAGCUUAGCGCAAGGGAAUAAAGAAAACUUGGGUGUUUUAUUCGAUUAUCUUUUACAAUACUUGAACGAUCUUUUCUCAGAGAUUGAAAAUACUAAAGACUUAAAAGAAAACUUUCAAUUAUUCAAGUCUCUUAUGCCUCACAUUUACGAUUUGGCUCAACUGAAUCCCGAGAAUACCCACAAUUCUGUUCUAGAAGUAAUCAAGGAGAAACAUCAAGAGUACAGAAAGAAAAAGAAAAGAUAUCCAGGCAUUGAAGUACUGAUAUUUCUGAAAUUAGUGAGCUUGCUGUUUUCAACAUCAGAUUUUAGACAUCAAAUUGUAACUCCCUGCUUUGUUUUCAUAGAACAAAUGUUGAAAAAUUGUUCAAUCAAAACUGCAGGAGAUAUUUCAUAUGGAUUGUUUUUGUGUACUUUGAUUUUGGAGUAUACUUCAUUGUCUAACAGAUAUCUUCCAGUCACUAUUAAUUUCCUGUCAGGCAUUUUGCACAUGGCAAUACCAAAAACUGGAGUCAAAAUAAUAAAGGCACCGCCUCCAUUUAAAUCUUUAUGCAGUGACUUAGUGUUAACAAAGAAAAAGUUAAAGUUCCACCCAAAAGACAAAAUACACAUAAGCAGUUUGAUUCUACAAGAUAUUGAAGUUGAAUUUAAGAUUUCAGCAUUACAUUUGUCUUUGAAGCUACUAAGAGAAUUUAAAGAUGUAUUUAAAAGUUAUUCUAGUAACGUUGAGAUUUUUGACAAUGUAGAAAAAUAUAUCAAUCAGAUUCCUUGGCAUUUAUACCCUGAUGAAGUUAAAUCUGAACACAAAGAAUUCUAUGAUAGUUUGAAUCAGCUGAAAUCAGAAAGGAAACUUCAAUAUUUAAUUAUGGAGGAGAAGAAACCAAAAGCCUUAAGGUUGUAUGAACCUAAAAUCGAGACAGUGUAUGAUGGAAAGCGGCACAAAGUACAAUCAAGAGAAAAAGCUGAGAGGGAUAAACUACAUCAAAAACUUAAGAAGGAAACGAAAGGAGCUAUGAGGGAAAUUAGAAGGGACAAAGCUUUCUUGGGUAGAAUUAAGCUGAACCAACGGAUACAAAGCGACCUGGAGAGAAAACAAAAAGUCAACAGAAUAUUUGCAGAAGCGGCAACGCAACAGUCUGAACUUAACACUUUGGAUAGAAAAAAUAAGAAAAAGUAGAUAUAAAAAAUAUAUAUUAUAUUUGUUUUUAAUAAAAAUUUUAUUUAA